AUGUCAGUCGAAGCAACAACAAUUCAAACAACAGCACCAAACUCGUUAGUCAUGAAUCCAACAUCUAUGUUAGUAGAAAUGAAAAGCUUCAUUCCUUCUUCAUAUACUUUUGAAACAGAAAUCCAGAA